UCCCCGCGUCUCCUGCCUCCAUCAGUACCGAAGGUAACUCCGCUGCGUGCGUAAAGCUCUUGGACAGUCACGCGUCGCGCUCACUCUUUCAGCGUCUGCUCUACUUUUUCAAGAGAUUGAAGAAAACCAAUCUGCAUCCACUAUUAGAUUUAAGGAACUGAGAAACAGACCAAUAACAUCAUAUUUGCCAGCAUUUUCUGUUAUUUGUCAGCAGUGCAUUUUGGCACCUUUUCGGAUCAGCUUGAACUAAAUGCAUCGCGCCCGUAUUGAUGCGCUGCCAAUCUGGGUAAUUUAAGUUAAGAGUAAAAAUGUGCAAAGCUGAUAGAGGACACAGGGGGAGUUAACCGGACUCCUUUGGAUUUAUUUGUCGUUGCCUUUAGGAAGGAUUCAGUCAAACUUAUGGCGUGAAGGUGCAUAUAUGAGAGGCGGUAAAGUAUUAGAUUGUGGAUGAGCAGGGUCACUUCCUGGCCUCCAUCACUCACAGCUAAUGGAUGUCUUUACCCAGUAUGCCUACAAUGACAGUUUCUACGAUAAUGGAACAUGGCACUUCAACGAAACGGAGCGAGAACAGAGACACCCUUACAACUACUACGCCAUGCUUCUCACUCUGCUCAUCUUUGUCAUUGUGUUCGGCAACGUGCUGGUGUGCAUGGCUGUGUCCAGGGAAAAAGCUCUGCAGACCACUACCAACUACCUGAUUGUCAGUCUGGCUGUCGCUGACCUUUUGGUGGCCACACUGGUAAUGCCCUGGGUUGUCUACCUAGAGGUGGUGGGAGAGUGGCGCUUUAGCAAGAUCCACUGUGACAUCUUUGUCACCCUUGAUGUAAUGAUGUGUACAGCAAGCAUCCUCAAUCUUUGUGCCAUCAGCAUCGAUCGAUACACAGCAGUGGCAAUGCCAAUGCUGUACAACACACGCUACAGCUCCAGGAGACGAGUCACCGUAAUGAUCUCUGUUGUCUGGGUUCUCUCCUUUGCCAUAUCAUGUCCCCUGCUGUUUGGCCUCAAUAACACAGCAACCCGUGAUGCAUCUCUCUGUGUCAUCGCCAACCCGGCCUUUGUGGUGUACUCCUCCAUCGUGUCCUUCUACGUACCCUUCAUCAUUACACUACUGGUUUAUGUGCAAAUUUAUGUGGUCCUGAGGAAGCGCAGAAAACGUGUGAAUACAAAGCCAAAGCGGCGUGUAUUUCAGCCCGCUGACACAGACGUGGCAACUUCAUUGAGGGAUAAAUGCACUCAUCCAGAGGAUGUGAGGUUGUGCACCAUGAUUGUGAAGUCCAAUGGAAGCUUACCUGCCAACAAGAAAAAAGUGAUUUUCAUCAAAGAGGCAGCCACUGACGGGGAUGAUUUGGAGCUGGAUGAGCUAAACAAUAGCGGCAGCAGCCAGAGGCAAAGACAUCAGACGCACAAUGCUCUGGGAGACACUCCGGCCACCAGCCACCAGCAGCUAAUGCCCAACAAGGCCAAUGCUAGCCCCACCUCCACGCCUCCCACACCCCCUGAGGACGGCCACAAAGCAGAAAAAAAUGGCGAGCCUAAGGAGGUCCGGGCUAACCCAGCACCAGUUGUAGCCAAAGCCUUCCAGACACAGACCUUACCUAAUGGCAAGACUCAAACAUCUGUCAAAAACAUGAGCAAGAGGAAGAUCUCCCAACAGAAGGAGAAGAAAGCUACUCAAAUGUUAGCCAUUGUCCUCGGUGUAUUCAUCAUAUGUUGGCUGCCAUUUUUCAUCACGCAUAUCUUGAACACCCACUGCACCAAAUGCAAGGUCCCUGCUGGGAUGUACAACGCUUUUACUUGGCUGGGCUAUGUGAACAGUGCUGUAAAUCCUAUCAUAUACACCACCUUUAAUAUCGAGUUCAGGAAGGCAUUCAUUAAAAUCCUGCACUGCUAAGCUGCUGCAUCCUUUACAGAUCAGACUGAGGGAAAAGGCAUAAAAAAAGGUCUUGCAAAUACCUCGUCCUGCAAAAGGAAAAUGCACCACAUGGGGAGAAAACUGAAAAGUUGCUAAAAAACUGGCUAUAUCGUCUUGGAAGGGACAUUGACUCUAUGUGUGUGUAUGUUUGAGUUGUUUGUGGAGUCCUGUUCUCCAGAUAACUGAAUGUAAAACAAGAAAAGUCUGUAACAAUGAUCUGUUUAUGGAGAAAAAAAAUAAUACUAUUCUCUUAAGUCAUUGUGUGUGUUAUGUAAGGAGCCAUUUGUGUAUACCAAACACAUGUAAGUAGCAUACUGCUAUUUAUUGUUUGUGUACUUUAUGUUUUAAUUAUGGAACAGAUAUGACUUCAGUAUUCAUUGCAGUAUUGAGAUCUGAUCCUACUCUUAAAAUGUCUCACGGGUUGGGAAUGUGUGUCCAAGAGAUUUAUUUUCUGUAAGAUUUGACAAUGCCAAUGUUACCAAUUUUGCAUUUUAUAAAUUAAUCUGUUAUCAAAGACAUAUUUUAAUGAAUUAGAAUAUCAUUGAGACAUUCAUUUAUUUAAUUCAGUUAAAAAGUGAAACUUAUAAAUUCAUUAUAUGUAGAGUAAUUCAUUUCAAGUCUUUAUUUCUGUUCAUUUUGAUGAAAACCCAAUAGUAAUUUACUAUGAACAUUACAAUAUUACCUAAACCCAAUAAAAUGAUUUUAAAAAAACAAAAUUGCUGGCUUACUGAAAAAUAUGUCCAUGUACUAUGUAGUAUUUUGAAUAAUUUGUCUGGUCAGUUUAAGACAGGUUUAAGUGAAUCAAAUAAAGUGAUACCCUGCUUAUUAAAACAAAUAUCAGUACCUUCGGGAGUGUGGGGAGCUGGAAAAGUCCUGCUGGAAAAUGAAGUCUCCAUAAAGCUUGUCAGCAGAGGGAAGCAUAAAGUAUUUCCUGGUAGAUGG